UUUUAUUUUGUCAUUAAGCUCGGAAUUAAAUAUAAUUGUUGUUUUAGUUUUAAAUAUUAUUCUCUGUUUUAUAUCAUACAGAUAAAGGAAUAAGAGAUUUGAUGAAAAUCAAAUAAUAUAUUCUUAAGUCAUUUUACAAACAUUUAAUAAGACAGUGAUUUUGUUUCUCCCGAGAACCUUUCUUUUAUGCAAAAAUGAUGCCCAGUAGAAUUGGUCACUUACCUAUAUCAUCUGAGAAUCCUUUAGGCCUGUCAUGGCAUGAUUCUUCUUGGAUCCCGUCAUUAAACCCAUCAAAUAUAAUGGAUUACUUCUCAGAAAGAUCAAACCCUUUUUUUGACCGCACAUGUAAUAAUGAAGUCGUUAAAAUGCAACGUCUUAGUAUGGAUCAAUUGCAGAAUAUGACAGGACUUGAAUACAUAUUGUUACACGUUCAGGAACCAAUUCUAUAUGUUAUUCGUAAACAACAUAGACACAGCCCUGUUCAAACCAUACCACUCGCAGAUUACUAUAUCAUUGCAGGAAUUGUUUAUCAAGCACCUGAUUUGGCCAGUGUAUUGAACUCAAGAUUGUUAUCAGCAGUUCAUCAUCUACAGUGUUCAUUUGAAGAAACUAUGACAUACUCCAAGUACCACCCAAGUAAAGGAUAUUGGUGGGACUUCAAAGCAAAUAAGUCAGGUCCUUUUAAUAUGGGUCAAUCUGCUCCUAAGGAAGUUACAAGUACACCAAAAGAGGAGCCUUCAACAUUGUUUCAAAGACAAAGGGUAGAUAUGUUAUUAGCUGAAUUAGUUCGACAAUUUCCUUUACCAGUGACUCAAACUGCCAUAAAUCAGAAUGGUGUUACUGUAAAGACUGAAAAUACAAACGAUAAAAACUCAGAGAAAGGAGCAGAUGGCAACUUGAAUAAUAUAACAAUUAAACAAGAACCAUUGGAUCCCAUUAGCUCAGACAUGACUAAUGGUAAUAUGCAAGGACACAUGGAAAUUAAAACUGAGAUUAAACAAGAGAACAUGAAACCUCCUCCAGAAAAGAAAUCAAGAAUAUAAAAAAAUUGUAUUUAGAAAUUAUUAAGAAAAAUAAUUAUUUGUAAGUGAUUGUUUAUAUGCAAUUUCUUUUAUCAAUAUUUGUAACUUUAGUAAAUUAUUUGUUAUAAUUAAAUAUGUGUCCUACUUCUUAAAA